GGUAGUAAAAUAAAAGAUUAUUUGCGAAUACGGCCCCACGGGCGUCACAUACUGACGUCACUUCCGUAUGAGCGGUGUGGAGGAGAAGCAGGAAGAGACGCGAGUAAGAUUAAUACGCAGCUAGCAGACUUUAACUUUCAGCUCUACAUAUCUGACUCUUUCCAUUAUGAGCCGACACUGAGUGUGCGAGUCGAGUGUGUGCUGCAACAUGGAGAAAUUUGGCAUGAGCUUCGGCGGAGGUCUGAGCAAAAAAGAACUGCUUGAAACUAUUGAGAGUCAGAAGAAGCAGCUCAUCCAGUACCAGACCCGCUUCAAAGACAUCGUUCAGGCUUAUAAGAGUCUACUGAAGGAGAAGGAGGCGUUGGAAGCUAGCUUGAAAGUGCUGACUGUGUCUGCACAGUGCCCAGCGCCCACCGAACAUGCCGAAGACCAUGGUUCGCUUCACAGUGAAGACAGCCUGGACGCUGCUGAAUCAGGUGUGGAAAGUGUUGUGACUAGCAGCAGCACUCAGAGUGAUGCAGCAGAUGAAGAUCAGGUCGGUAAUGGAGAAGGUAACUCAGUGGUUCUGCAGUCAGAGAAGAGUGAACUGGGGAAUGGUGUCACUUCUAGCAGCACUGCAAAUGCGGAGCAAACUGUAGCCUCAACAAAUGCAGAAUCAGACCGCCGGGUGAACCAACUAAAGUCUCAGUUAUCUACUUUGACCAUGUCCCUGGCCACGGUUAUGCAGGAAAAAUCUCGGAUGGAAGCCUCUUUUCAAGCAGAUAAGCGUAAGAUGAAGCAGGAGUUGGAGGAGGCACGGGAAACAGUAGAGGAGGAGCGUAAGCAGCACCAGUUUGAACUCCAGGCUCUACAGGAACAGCUAGCAGAGAGCAGAGCACGUGUGAUUAUGCAGCAACACCAGCAUGAUCAAGAACAGCAUGACCAUGGCCACAUGCUUCGUGAACUCCAGAAACUCCUCCAGGAGGAGAGGAGCCUUCGGCAGGAUGCUGAACUUAAGUUGGAGGAUGCCAGGAAAACCUUUGCAGAAACCAUGCAAAGCAAAGACCGGGGAUUAGAUUAUGAAGAGCGGCUGAAGCAGGUUACACAGGAGUGUGAAACAUUGAGAAUGAGCCUGCAGGCCCUGGAGGCUGAGAGAAGCAAGCCCGAGCAGCGGGUGGCAGAACUGCAGCAAGAGACUGCUGAUCUAAAAGCACACUUUAACCAACAGCUUCAACAGGAGAUUAGAAAGGUUGCUCAGGCAGAAGCCUGCUUGCAGGAGCAGGCACAGCUGGAGGAGCAGCGAGUGGCAAGUCUAGAGGAGCGGGUUUCUGAGCUGUCAGGGCUGUUAGGUGCCUGUGAGAAGGCCAGGCAGAAGGACCAGCAGAAUGCUCAGAGGCUACGUGAGCAUAUCCUCCAGCUGGACGCAGAGAACAAGGCCCUAGCUAUUGCGGCCAGCACUACCAGCACCACCUCGUCUGACUUUGGCAUUGAUGAAAUGAAUCUGGAUGUGACCACACUGAAGGACAAGCUGGAGAAGGUGAAGAAGCUGUUGCAGCUUGUUGCACAGAAAUCUCCAGAAAAAAGUUUGGAAAUUGAGAAAAUAAUGGAGGGAGCAGGAGGACAGGAUGCGGAGAAGGCUUCAGUGCAGUACUAUCAGCAAGAGCUUCGGCAACUAAAGGAGGAGUUUGAACGCUACAAAGUGCGAGCACAGGUGGUCCUAAAGAAUAAGAAUGGCAAAGACAGCGCCCAGACCAAGGAGCUUGAGGAAGCUCGGGACCAGCUGGCCGAACUGAAAGAAAAGUACAUCAACCUGCGUGUCCAAUCAGACGAGGCCAAGGGGAUACACAAACAGGAGAUUAAGGAGCAUCAACAAGCACUGACGGCCCUUCAUCAGGCUCAUAAGCAAGACCUGGAGAAGCUAGAGGCUCAGCACAGAGAGAACUUCUUGCACCUUGAGGAAGAGCUGCACAAGCAGAGGGAGCGCACCAUGGCGUUACUCAAAGAGAAGGACCUUGAACUAGAAAAACUUCGAGCCGAAACCAGUCAAGGACAGAUUGUAAGUGAUAGUGCAGCAGAGAGAGACGUUAAAGGGGACUUUGAUUUCGAAAGUGGCAGUUCUGUGCAUGAAGAAUGCGAGAUGAUUUCUCACACGCUGAAGCUAGCCAGCCCCCCAAAAAACAAUUUGCUGCUGUAUGCUGAACAGCUGGCUCGAAAUGAGGUGGAAAUUUCUGCUCUGCGCAAGCAGAAGCAUCAGCUGGAAGAAGGCUUGCAUCAACUACAGGGAAAAUUGUUUGCUAAUGAAGAGAGGCACAAGGAGGAGGUGGAUGAGUUGCAGGCACAGCUGGACAAGAGGACACGUGACCAGAGCAGAGACGGUGCUAAUUUAGAAUACCUCAAGAAUGUCAUCUAUAGAUUCCUCACACUACAAGACUCAAAAGGACGCCAGCAGACGCUCAUGGCCAUCCUGACCAUCUUACACUUCAGCCCUCAAGAAAGGCAGGCUGUCAUGAAGCAGCAAGUGCAGAGCUGGUGGACACCCAGGAAGAGAUGAUGCUGUCAUUUAAUAUUUCAGUGCAAUAAUUUACUUUCUACUUACUAGUUUCUUUUUAAGUGUAUAUCAAAUUAUAAGUUCAGAAUUGUUGUUUAUUUUCAGUAAUUCUGUUCUGGUAAAGGUGGUAACCUUUCAUUGGAUUUUUUUUUUUAAAUUCUGACAUUCCAAGUGAAUAAUUCUCUCCAAAUUUGUCUAGAAUAUCCUAUUAAAUAACAAUCAGUUAUUUAAUUUUCUUCUUUGUCCAAGAUUAGUAAACAAUACGUUGUAAGCUUGUAUAGAUGUGUGGAUAUAUGCUUGAACAUAAGCAAUAUUAAAGAAAGCAGUCUGCUUUUGGCAGCCACUGUUUUUUGUUUGUUUGUUUGGGGGGUGGUCAUGCUCAGUUGUUUGUUUGUUUGGGGGGUGGUCAUGCGCAGUUGUUUGUUUGUUUGGGGGGUGGUCAUGCUCAGUUGUUUGUUUGUUUGGGGGGUGGUCAUGCUCAGUUGUUUGUUUGUUUGGGGGGUGGUCAUGCUCAGUUGUUUGUUUGUUUGGGGGGGGUGGUCACGCUCAGUUGUUUGUUUGUUUGGGGGGGUGGUCAUGCUCAGUUGUUUGUUUGUUUGUUUGGGGGGGUGGUCAUGCUCAGUUGUUUGUUUGUUUGUUUGGGGGGGUGGUCAUGCUCAGUUGUUUGUUUGUUUGUUUGGGGGGGUGGUCACGCUCAGUUGUUUGCUGUUUCUUGGUAAUUGGAUUAUGGUCCUGAUGAUGAUUUCAUCGCAGUACUGAGUAACUGAGUAGCCACUGCAGUGAUUCUAAUUAUUACCAUGUAAUUAUCAAACCCUUACUGGAGCAUCACCAGCUGCAAAAUUGUGACUCUCUAGCUACCAUUAAUAUAUCAGUGAAAUAAUAAUUUUCCUGUGACAAAGUUAGAUUUGUACAAUUGUGUGCAUGAAAACCACCACUGUGUCACUUCUGAGUUACGUUCUCCCUUCAGUUUCUCACAGCUGUAAUGGGAACUUGUAUCAUGGUGUAAUGUAUCCUUUUGUGUAAUGUUAUGUGUAUGUUUGGUAGAUUAAGUCUUGUUUAUUUACUUUGAGAAUGAAUUAUUCAGUGCCUUAUUAAAUGUAUAUUUUAAAUCUUUGUUAAAUACA